UUUAUUUUAAGGAAACAUUGCACAAAUGAAAAGAGAGUACAAGCAAGGCAGCUCCUGCUAACGUGGAACGUGUAACUGCACCAGAAGAAACAAGAUUGAUAAUAAACAAAUUUUACGGUUUAGAUUUUCUUCUACAAACAUGAUGCUGUUUGUGCUGCUUGUGAUGUUGGUUGAGUGCAGCAGCCAAUUCAAAGAUGACCCCCUGUCUAGCAUUGAGGGAGAACAAAUCUGUGCUCAUCUCUCCUUUCCUUACUUAAAGAAAAAGCUUUCACUGCCAUCAUCAGGACAGAAGAUCCAAAUGGAAUCAGAGUGGAGAGGGGAAUUUAUCUCAGUCAUCGUGAUGGAAGGAUGUCUGCUUACUCUUUGGAAGUCUCUUGAUACACAAUUUUAUUCCAGCGGAGAAUACGCCAACAUCACCACUGGGCCAGAGAACUCUGUGUCUGCUGUACACUGCAGUUGUGAGGCAGGAGACAGUGAAUUCCAUUCCAGCUUUAAUGAUUUUAAACGAAAGCACAUGGCAUCUGAAAGCGCACAAGGCAGUGAUUCUUUCUGCAUUAAUGAGAUCCGGAACAGGAAUAUCACCAUAAGAGGAAGAUGCAAAGGCAAAAACACAUUCAUCUUUGCAGAUAUAGCAAGAGUGAUAAAGGUUUGCACUAAUGGUGAAAGGCUGAAAAAGCAUAACCUAUUUAAAAGCAAAGAGAGAUUUAGAAUCACUGAUUGUUGCUACACUGGGAAUCCUCAACCAGUGUGUCAAUAUAAAGCCAUAAAUUACAAUCAGCGUUACAUCGUUCUUGGAUGUGACAACAAUAAUAAACCAGUACAUUAUGAAGAAAGCUUAUAGAAACAAAAAGAAAAAAGGGAAAACUGUUGUAUUUGAAGUUAUUUGACAUGUACUGUGUAUGUUUUAAGAAAUGCCAACAAAAUAAAUAAGAAAUUGAAUUUAAUAAAUAAGAGUUGGAAUUUAAAAUAAAUGGAUGGAAAUACCAGAAAAAUUAAUCAUUAUGUUACAAAAAUAAGCACUUUACUCUAAAAACAAUUAAACUUAUUUGUGAAACCCACUGCAAUAUUAUUCUUAAGAAUACUUUGUUCUUAGGGAGGCCUUGCAACUUAGGUUGUGUGCUUUUUUGGAACUUAUAAUCACUGACAUUCAAAAUCUGACAGAAAAAUAAAACGUGUAGUAGACUGUCUGUUCUCGUUAUACCUUAUCCAAAUUUAGAGCAUUCUUUUAUAUUUUCUGGUUUGAGGUUGAAUAUUAAUUAUCCAUAGGCAGUUUUUUUAACAACCUCUUUUUUUGAAAAAUCAUUAAUAUUUCUUUAAUAUGUAAUGAGAAGUCAAGCAAAAUGACACCUUUUAUUGGCUAACUAAAAAGAUUACAAUAUACAAGCUUUCAAGGCAACUCAGGCCCCUUCUUCAGGCAAAAUGUAAUUUAGUAUACAAGUAACAAAUUAGAAGAAACUCAAAUUUAAUGCUUAAUUUAUGUGAAGAAUAAUAGUGCAGAUAACCAGUCAUUCAGUACAAGCAGACUGAUCUCCAUUAUGUUAUGAAUUUGAACCCCAAAAAUUUCACAAUAUUUACUUGACAUCACAAGACUUUAAAGAUUUUUAAGAGUUUCAUUCUUAUUUUUAAAAUAUUUCUAUGUAUGGAAUUUAUUAGUAUUAUUUUUCUUGUUGUAUCAUUUUAUUAUUGUUUUAUUAUUUUCUUAUUACAGCUGCCAUCACCUUGAAGAUGUUACUUUCAGUGUCCAUUUUGUGCUCUUCGUUACCAUUACAUGAUGCCAAGAUGGUAUCACUUCUAGGAAGUACAUAAGGAGUCUGUGUGUUCCUCUUGGUGUCAAUGAUUUUGCAUUCCCAAAACAAACAACUAUUUGUGGUGUUAGGAGUUACAGCAACAACAUUUUUUUAUAUAGCAAAUUUCCAUACAAAUGAUGUAGCUCAAAUUGCUUUACAUGAUGAAGAAAGAG